CGGUGUAAAUCCCCGCAUUACAUUUAACCCCGCAUGGAUAGCAUGACAAUAACAGCACGGAGAGCCGAAGAAAACUUCUUUUUAAUAUACGGAAUGCUUAACAGCAAGUAGCUAAACAAUAAUGUCCUCCACCAGUAAUGGUAGCACCCGCAGCUACACCGUCUUGGAGGAGCCACUCGGCACGCCGUCGCAUCUUAGGGUUGUGAUGGUCGGUGGUGGAGCGAGUGGCCUGAAUGUCGCCCGGCAUAUGAAGCUGCACAUGGAGAACUACGAGCUUCAGAUAUAUGAGAAGAACGAGGAUGUUGGAGGGACGUGGUUUGAAAAUAGAUACCCUGGCUGCGCUUGUGAUAUCCCAUCGCAUAACUACCAGUAUACCUGGGAACCUAACCCGGAUUGGUCGCAUUUCUAUUCCGCCCAUAGUGAGAUUCUCCGCUACUUCAAAGGCGUUGCGUCCAAAUACAGCCUGUAUGACUAUAUCCGCCUGAACCACAAGGUAUCGAGUGCCGUAUGGGACGAGGACGCGAAAAUAUGGAGGGUAGAAGUGCAGAAUGUGAAGACGAACGAGGUCAAGCAGGAUUGGUGUCAUGUCUUUCUCAAUGGAUGCGGUGUUUUGAACAAGUGGAAAUGGCCUGACAUCGCGGGCCUUCAUUCAUUCGCAGGAGAUCUUAUCCACAGCGCCGCCUGGCCCGAGGGCCACGAUCUGACAGGCAAGACAGUCGCCGUGCUGGGAUGCGGAUCGUCUGGCGUGCAGAUUGUGCCGACCAUCCAGUCAAAGGUCAAGUCCUUGACCACAUUCAUCCGGACCCCAACUUGGAUCACAGCUGGAUUUGCACAGCGGCAUGCCGGUCCAGGAGGUGCCAAUUUUGCUUUCAGCGACGAGCAGAAAUCUCACUUCAGAGACCAUCCAGAUGAAUAUCUCAACUACAGGAAGCAAAUCGAGGGCGAGCUCAACCAGCGAUUCCGAUUCAUUAUCGCAGAUAGCCAGGAACAAGCAGAAGCCCGAGAAUACUCCUCCAAGGAGAUGACGACCAAGCUUUCCAACGACGAGCGCCUGGUCAAGGCCUUACUGCCCGAUUUUGCUGUGGGCUGUCGCCGUCCAACUCCAGGCAAUGGAUACCUGGAGGCUCUGACCAAGGAGAAUGUCCGGGUGGUUACGGACCACAUCUCUCACAUCGUGCCAGAGGGAAUCGUCCUAACAACAGGCGAGAUUAUCAAGAUCGAUACCUUCAUCUGCGCCACGGGAUUCGACCUCUCAUUCACACCGAGUUUCGAGCUCGUAGGCCGUCAGGGAAAGACGAUGGCCGAGCAGUGGAAGACUAAACCAGCGGCAUAUUUAUCUUUGGCUGUGCCAGGGUUCCCAAAUUAUUUCAUGUUCCUCGGCCCAAACGCCCCAGUCGGGCAUGGCAGCAUACUACCCAUCAUCGAGCACACGACCAAAUACGUGAUCAACUUCCUAAAGAAGAUGCAAACGCAGGAUAUUUGCUCCGUUAUGCCAUCCCAGGCAGCGACAGAGGAGUACGAUAUCCAUGUCGCGACAUUCAUGCAGCGGACCGCGUGGGCGACGCCAUGUCGCAGCUGGUUCAAGAACGGCACUGUUGAUGGGCCCAUUACGGCCCUGCACCCUGGCAGCCGCAUCCACUGGUUCCAUAUGCUGAGUGAUAUUCGGUUUGAGGACUGGGAGUUUGGGUAUCGCUCCGCAAACCGGUUUCGGUACCUGGGGAAUGGGUUUUCGACUAGGGAGGGGCCCGGGAGGGAUACGACUGGGUAUUUUGAGUGUCCGGAGGAGGGUUAUAGGUGUUACUGAGGUGAGAGACUAGUUGGGCUAAGUAUUGAUAGCUAAUAGUUUGACUUUAAUACUACUACCAGAUCCCACUACGGAGCAUACAGGACGAUAGGUUAGAAAUAGAUUGUAUAACAUACCAAGACGACUUAAGCUAGGUACAGAGAUAGGUAUUUAAUCAAAAUGAUAUAACAUGCAACUGUAAACCGUAA